GAGCAACAACUGACUCAUUCACUGCCUGAAAAACAGCCUUAAAGCAAGAAUGGACAAAGUGAACGUCAACAGCCGAGUGACGCAUUUUAAAGACCCGGGCUCCAGACACUUGUCCCCAGAAACAAUCAAGAAGCUGAUCCACCUCUCACAGGAGGCAAAGGAACAGGCCUACUGUCCGUACAGCAAAUUCAGAGUGGGGGCUGCUCUCCUCACCCACGACAACCAUAUGUUUACAGGUUGCAAUGUGGAGAACGCAUGUUACAACCUGGGGGUGUGUGCUGAGAGGAACGCACUAUCCAAGGCGGUGUCAGAAGGCUACAGGACUUUCAAGGCUAUCGCAAUCGCCAGUGACCUGGACGACCAGUUCAUCUCCCCCUGUGGUGGGUGCCGGCAGUUCAUGAGAGAGUUUGGAUCAACCUGGGACGUGUACCUGUCGAAGCCCAACGGCUCGUGCGUGAAGAUGACUGUGGACGAGCUGCUACCACUCUCCUUUGGCCCCGAGGACCUGUCCAUGAAGAAAGUGUUUGACAUUCCUAAUGAGUACUAAGCCUGUACAUUCUCACACAAAAAAGAAAAGGCACAAUGGUGCUUAAACAGUC